AUGGCCCAUCUACCUCUACACUGCCUGCUAAUUUUGAUGUUAUUUCAGUUGGUGGCCUCAUCUGGAGUGUUUGAGUUGAAAGUGCAUUCUUUCAGUACCACUCGCCGUUUCUGUAGGAGGUCCAGAGACUGCAACAUAUUUUUUCGGAUUUGCCUUAAACAUUCGGAGGAUGUUAUCUCGGCUGAACCGCCUUGCACUUUUGGCACGGGACAUACCAACGUUUUCCGCGCUGACCAGAGCUCCAUCUCAAACAGUGCGCCUAUUAGAGUGCCUUUCCAUUUUAAGUGGCCGGGAACCUUUUCUCUCAUUAUUGAAGCAUGGAACGCUGAAUCGCCCAAAGAGCACACCGAUUACACAGAAAACCAAAACAAUCUCAUUAGUCGCUUAGCGACAAGGAGACGUCUUGCCAUCGGUGAAGACUGGUCUCAGGAUGUUCAUUUUGGGGAGCAGAGCGAGUUGCGGUACUCUUAUCACGUAUUCUGUGAUGAAUAUUACUACGGCGAAGCCUGUUCUGAUUACUGCAGGCCGCGGGACGAUACUCUGGGUCACUACACAUGCGACGAGAACGGAAACCGGGACUGUCUCGAGGGUUGGCAGGGAGACUACUGUUCGGACCCCAUCUGCUCCUCUGACUGCAGCGAGAGGCACGGCUACUGCGAGUCCCCUGGGGAGUGUAAGUGUCGGCUCGGGUGGCAGGGGCCGUCCUGCAGCGAGUGUGUGCGUUACCCCGGCUGCCUGCACGGCACCUGCGCUCAGCCCUGGCAAUGUGUGUGUAAGGAAGGCUGGGGUGGACUCUUCUGUAACCAGGACCUGAACUACUGCACCAACCACCGACCCUGUGCCAACGGUGCCACCUGUACAAACACAGGACAGGGCAGCUACACGUGCACCUGUAAACCUGGCUACGGAGGAACCAACUGUGAACUGGAGAUUAAUGAGUGUGACUGUAACCCCUGCAAGAAUGGAGGCAGCUGCAAUGAUCUGGAGAACGAUUACUCCUGCACGUGUCCGCAGGGCUUUUACGGGAAAAACUGUGAAAUCAUCGCGAUGACCUGCGCGGAUGACCCAUGCUUUAACGGAGGCACCUGCGUCGAGCGGAUCACAGGGGGCUACUCCUGUCGCUGCCCGCCUGCUUACACUGGUUCCAACUGUGAGAAGAGGCUGGAUCGCUGCAGUCACAAGCCUUGUGCUAAUGGUGGCGAAUGUGUAGAUCUGGGUCAGAGUUUUCUAUGCCGCUGUCGUCCAGGUUUCGCCGGGCCUCAGUGCCACACCAACAUCGACGACUGCGCUGCUUCUCCCUGUCAGAACGCAGGUACGUGUGUGGACGGCGUGAACGACUACAUGUGCACGUGCACACUCGGCUACACUGGCAAGAACUGCAGCGUGCGUUCUGACGCCUGCCUCACACACCCGUGUUUGAACGGGGGCACAUGCUACACACACUUCAGCGGACCUGUUUGUCAGUGCCCGCCGAGCUUCAUGGGACCAAGCUGUGAGUUUCCAGUGCAGCCCGGUUUUGAGAGGGCCUCCUCACGUGGGUCUAGGCCGUCCGGGUCGGCAGUGGCAGGCUCUUGUGUUCUGGCUCUGGUAACGCUGGUUCUGAUGGUGUGUGUGGUUCUGGUGGUCCGCCGUCGGAGGCAGAGGAUCAGGAGACAGCAGCUGUGUGGAUCUGUGUUCAACGACCUGGAGACGGUGAAUAACUUGAGCUCACACUUCCCCUAUGAGAGAGACGCAUUCUUAGGCCGGUCCACUUCCACACAUGGGAAACCCAGCAACACAGAUGGCAGGCUCAGCCUUUCAUUGGCCACUGAGGAGAGAGGAGGAUAUGGGAUGACAGGAAGUCGUGCAUUACCUGUGGGCCCAGACUUCCUGUGGGGCAGUGGAGGUCCAGGAGUGGGACUGAGAUGA